ACUGAGGACUCCUUGGGCUCUUCUUUCUGCACAGCCAGAACCAGACAGGAGACGCCAUGACCCUCAUCCUCUGGGCCCUGCUCUGUCUGGGACUGAGAGUGGGCCUGAGGACCCCAGUGCAGGCAGGGACCCUCCCCAAACCCACCACCUGGGCUGAGCCAGGCCCCGUGAUCCCCUGGGGGAGCUCAGUGACCAUCUGGUGUCAGGCGGCCCUGCAGACACAGGAUUUCCGUCUGCAUAAAGAGGGAAGUCCAACACUCUGGGACAAACAGAUGCCACUGGAUCCUGAGGACAAGGUCAAGUUCUUCAUCACAAACAUGACAGACUACACUGCAGGGAGAUAUCACUGUUACUAUGUCAGCCAAAAUGUCUGGUCAGAGCCCAGUGACCCUCUGGAGCUGGUGGUGACAGGAGUCUACAGCAAACCCAGCCUCUCAGCCCUGCCCAGCCCUGUUGUGACCUCAGGAGGGAAAGUGACCCUCAGAUGUCACUCAUAUGAGGGAUUUAGCAUGUUUGUUCUGACUAAGGAAGGAGAAGACAGGCUCUCCUGGACCCUGGACUCACAGCUUCACCCCACUGGGCAUUUUCAGGCCCUGUUCCCUGUGGGCCCCAUGAUACCCAGACAGAGGGGGACUUUCAGAUGCUAUGGCUGGUAUAGGUCCAGACCCCAGGUGUGGUCACCACCCAGUGAUGCCCUGGAGCUCAUGGUGUCAGGAGUAGCCGACAUCAUCCACCCCUCACACAACAGCUCAGACAACUCGAGUGACUCCCACCCCCAGGACUACACAGUGGGGAAUCUCAUCCGCAUGGGUGUGGCUGUUCUGGUCCUGCUGGUCCUCGGGGUGCUGCUGUCUCAGGCUCGAGACAGCGAGAGAAUGGCCCAGGCUGCCACCAGGACCUGAACACAGAGGUAAAGGAGCACCGUUCAGAGUGGGAGAGACUUGGAUUGUGCCCAGAAGGUUCUGGAAGAUAAUCUGGGACACACUGCAUAACAUGUCUGGAGCUCACUGCAGGUGGAGGACUCCUUGCUCAUAUGCAGGACCAUGUCUGGACCCUUCUGCCAUUAAAUUCAGCCCAUCUCCUCCCAACCACUGUUGAGUCAUGUGACCAGUUCCUACCUUUUCCCAAUUCAGUUAAAUUAGUGUUGAUCCCACAUGGCAUGGCCACCUCCACACCUCCCAACACUUUCAGAAAACUUGUCCUUCUUUAUGUCUAAUUACAUCUGCCUUGGUGUUUGUAUGGAGUGUCCAUCCACUCAGUGCACAGCAUGCAAUCUAUUUUAAUACAUUAAUGAGCUGGCAUCACAGAGAUUCAGUUCACAAGAGAAAAAUUUAAAAUGAUGCCCUAGCACCCUCUCUGGACCCCAGAUGCCUUCACCUUUCCCCAGAUGGCACCUGUGGACUUUCCACAGGAACCUCCUCACAUGGAGUCAAGACUUUUUUCUCUCUACAAUUGAGGAUAUUUACAUUGCUUUUUUGGAGAGAUGGAAGAGAGAGAGAGAGCAACACUGAUGUGAGAAGCAAGCACUGAUUGGUUGCCUCCCAUACAUGCCUGGACAGGGGUUUGAACUUGCAAUGUAGGUAUGUGCCCUGACUGGGAUUGGAAAUCACAAGGUUUUGGUUAUGGGACGAUGCUCCAACCAACACAGCCACACCAGCCUGGGGGAAAUCAAGACAUUUUUGUCUGAAGGGAUCUCCUGGGAUGCACUGCCUGGGAAAACCCAUUGUUAAAACCAUGGGAGUAUACAGAUAAUGUAUUAGAGAACUGCACACUUGAGACCUAUAUGAUUCUAUUACUCAUGUCAUCCCAAUGAAUUCCUCUUAAUAAAACACUGGUUCUUGGCAUUUUA